ACUCUUCUUCCUCACAAACACCAUAAUUCUGUCCUCAACCAAGACUCAAAAGCUAACAAUGGCGAAAUCACCAGAAUCUGAACAUCCAAUCAAAGCCUAUGGUUAUGCUGCUCGAGACACUUCUGGUGUUCUUUCUCCUCUCACUUUCUCCCGAAGGGCUACGGGUGAUAAAGACGUGAGGUUUAAGGUUUUGUACUGCGGGAUCUGCCAUUCGGAUCUUCACUUUAUCAAGAAUGAAUGGGGCGUGACUACUUAUCCCAUUACUCCUGGGCACGAGAUUGUGGGCAUAGUGACUGAAGUAGGCAGCAAAGUAGAGAAAUUCAAAGUUGGUGACAAAGUUGGGGUUGGAUGCAUAGUGGGAUCAUGCAACUCAUGUGAAAGUUGUGCUAAAGAUCUUGAAAGCUACUGUCCAAAACAGAUUCUAACUUACGGAUACAUCGACCAUGAUGGCACACGCACUUACGGUGGGUACUCAGACCACAUGGUUGCCGAUGAGCAUUUCGUUCUACGUUGGCCUGAGAAUUUGCCACUUGAUUCUGGUGCACCAUUGCUAUGUGCUGGUAUCACAACCUACAGCCCACUCAGACACUUUGGACUAGACAAACCUGGUGUGAAAGUAGGAGUAGUCGGGCUCGGUGGGCUAGGUCAUGCUGCGGUCAAGUUUGCUAAGGCUUUUGGGGCCGAAGUAACGGUUUUCAGUACCACACCGGCUAAAAAGCAAGAAGCAGUUGAAGGACUUAAAGCUGACCAUUUCAUAGUCAGCAAAGACCAAAAACAAAUGCAGUCUGCCGCGAGCACAUUGGAUGGAAUAAUCGACACUGUCUCUGCGAGUCACUCGAUUGCACCAUUGCUCAAUGCGCUUAAACCAGAUGGAAAGCUUGUUCUUGUUGGUGCACCAGAGAAAUCAUUUGAUUUAGCCGCAUUUUCUUUGAUCACUGGGAGGAAAAUGGUGGCUGGAAGUGCAACAGGAGGGCUGAAAGAGACUCAAGAAAUGCUUGAUUUUGCAGCAAAACAUGGAAUAACUGCAGAUAUCGAGCUAAUUCCCAUUGAUUAUGUGAACACUGCCAUGGGCCGUAUGUUGAAAUCUGACGUUAAAUAUCGAUUUGUCAUCGAUGUAGCUAACUCCCUGAAAGCUCCAUAGAUGAAGCCGGUUCAGUAAUGUGUUCAUCGUGUAGAACAUGAGUCAGUUUUUUUUCAUUCUAAUAAGAAGAAAAAGUGUUGUCUUGGUCGGUCAACUUUUAUUAUUCCGUCUUUUUAAGUUGACUUUUACUUGUUUUUUUUUCGGUUUAAUUGACGCAUGGAGCUUUUUUGAA